UUAUGUAACAUAUAUGGCGAUUACAACACACAUAUUGCCUUGGAUCUCAAGCCAAGAAGUAGAAGAUUUUGUGCCUUUUCAAUUGAGUUCUCUCAAGACAACAAAGAAAUUAUAGCAGGAUCCAAUGAUUCUUGUAUCUAUAUCUAUGACCGAGAGAGUGACCAAAGAAUUUUACGAAUUCUAGGUCAUGACCAAGAUUACGACGUGAAUGCGGUAACUUUUGCUGAUUCGAGUGCUCAGAUAUUAUUCAGUGGUAGCGAUGAUGGUCUCUGCAAGGUUUGGGAUCGGAGGAUGCUCAACGAGUCUCAUCCGCUUCCUGUUGGUGUUUUUGCUGGCCAUUCAGAUGGACUCACAUUUAUUCACUCGAAGGCAAUAAUCAAAGUUCUCCGUACUAAGACGUUGCCUGGAGACUCAUCAAUCAUGACGUAUCGUGGUCACGUUGUAAGAAACACUUUGAUACGGUGUUACUUCUCGCCUGCUCACACAACAGGACAGGUAGGGUUCCCCCUGUGGGGAAAAUUUGUCUGCAAAUCCAGGUGUUUUUAUGAUGUUCUUACCGGCGAAGUCAAAGCCAACUUAACUGGACAUAGAGAAUGUGUUCGCGACGUAUCUUGGCAUCCGUAUGACAACAAGAUCGUUAGUACAUCG